AUGCUUCUCAAGCCUUUCGCGAGACCUCUGCAAAUCUCUAAUUCCUACAACAUAGGGAAGACCUUUCAGGAACAAUCUACCGCGCAAUACACUGCUAAGAAGGAUUUUCACAACGAUGUUGCACUUCAGGAAGGCCUGCCUAUGAGCGAUUUUGUACGAAGACUCGAAGACACGAACGAAGAACACGCAAUGAUCAUAUUCCCCUACAUGAAAGACGAUCUCCUGAAUCUGUGUGCUAGCCAGCAGCUCUCACUCAGGUCGAGGAAACGGAUUCUAAAGGACGCGCUUCGAGGACUUGUAGCAUUACACGCAGACGACUAUGUUCAUACAGGUGAAGACGCUGACUCUGAUGUAAUCCCCGAUACUGACUUGGUCACAGAUAUCAAGCCGAACAAUAUCCUUGUCGAUUGGGGCCCCGGCCAUGAUCACGAUAUUGUGGUCAACGGUGUUCAGAUAGCGGAUGUAGAAGACGCCUGCUAUAUUCCGCCUGGCCGCAAUAUUGUUGGGCUACAGGUCGGCAAUUGGAUGUGGCGUAGUCCAGAGGCACACGCACAAGGACCAGUGAAUUCGCCUUCUGAUAUGUUCUCAUUUGGCCUUGUUUGUAUCUAUACAGUCACCAACAAGGUAGUGCUUGCAGUCGCUAAAUCAGAAUUGGAGGAAGGAGAGGAGCUACUGUCUCGUGUGAUCGCACGCCAAAUAUCAUAUUUUGCCGACUGGGAUGGUAUAACAGGUUUGCUGAACCAUCUCUGCGGUAAUCCUUGGGCAGAGGUAUUUGAGAUUCUAUGGGACGACAUUGGGGACAGUAACCCACGCAGGCCAUUCUCACUCUGGCUUUGGAACGAGUCACUUGGCUGUACCAAGGAGGAGUGGAGUGGCUUCAAGACUUUAAUAAGCGGUCUCACGGCAUUCGACCCAAACUCCAGAUUGACCGCGAAGGAAGCCUUGGAACAUAACUGGUUCAGUGAAAUAUAG